AUCUAGCCCUUCUUUACUCUAUCGUCGUUUACCCUUGGCGUAUUGUUGUGGAGGUGGAACCAGUGCUGGUAGCUCGUGGGGAAGAUGGCGGACGCUUUCGGGGAUGAGCUGUUCAGCGUGUUCGAAGACGAUGCCGCCUCCAGCUCUGGCUUGAAGGAAACAAAGGGGACACCCGAGGCAGCCACUUCAAGCAAGUUAGGAAAACAACGAGAUGGCAAAUCUGUGGCCUCUGCAAAAAUCCAAGCCAAAAAAAAACGUGAUGCAGAAUUUAAUAGUGCAGAUAUUACAGCUUUGGGGAAAAGACCAAAGUUGGAAGACUUCUCUACAGAUGAUCUUAAUUUGGCAGAUGUGAUGCCAAAAGUAAAAGUACAAGCUGUUGAAACAAUUGAAGGCUGUACACAUGAGGUUGCUCUUCCUGCAGAUAUGGACUUCGUAGCCCUGAAGGCAAGAACUGGAAAAGCUGCAAAGGAAUAUCCAUUCAUUCUUGAUGCUUUUCAAAGAGAAGCUAUUUUGUGUGUGGAUAAUAAUCAGUCUGUUUUAGUAUCCGCUCAUACCUCGGCAGGGAAAACUGUAUGUGCAGAGUAUGCCAUUGCUUUGGCUUUAAGAGAAAAACAGCGUGUGAUAUUUACCAGUCCUAUUAAAGCUCUUAGUAACCAAAAAUAUCGCGAGAUGUAUGAAGAAUUUCAAGAUGUUGGCUUGAUGACUGGGGAUGUCACCAUCAACCCUACGGCAUCUUGCCUUGUAAUGACCACAGAGAUCUUGAGAAGUAUGCUUUACAGAGGUUCUGAGGUUAUGCGUGAAGUUGCUUGGGUUAUAUUUGAUGAAAUUCAUUACAUGAGAAAUUCAGAACGUGGUGUGGUAUGGGAAGAAACCAUUAUUUUGCUCCCUGAUAACGUUCACUAUGUGUUUCUUUCUGCCACUAUUCCAAAUGCGCGUCAGUUUGCUGAAUGGAUAUGUCAUCUUCACAAACAGCCCUGCCAUGUGAUUUACACAGAUUACAGACCGACUCCUUUGCAACAUUAUAUUUUUCCAGCAGGGGGAGAUGGACUUCACCUUGUAGUUGAUGAAAAUGGUGAUUUUAGAGAAGAUAAUUUUAAUACGGCCAUGCAGGUACUUCGUGAUGCAGGUGAUUUAGCCAAAGGAGAUCAGAAAGGCAGAAAAGGAGGAACCAAAGGUCCCUCAAAUGUAUUUAAGAUUGUAAAGAUGAUCAUGGAAAGAAACUUCCAGCCAGUAAUUAUAUUCAGUUUCAGUAAGAAAGAUUGUGAAGCCUAUGCACUUCAGAUGACAAAACUGGAUUUCAACACAGAUGAAGAAAAAAGGAUGGUUGAGGAAGUGUUUAACAAUGCAAUUGAUUGUUUGUCUGAUGAAGACAAGAAGCUCCCACAAGUUGAACAUGUGCUUCCACUUUUAAAACGUGGUAUUGGAAUCCAUCAUGGAGGCUUACUUCCUAUUUUGAAGGAAACCAUCGAAAUUCUUUUCUCUGAAGGGCUGAUAAAAGCCUUAUUUGCUACAGAGACUUUUGCUAUGGGAAUAAACAUGCCAGCAAGGACAGUGCUAUUCACAAGUGCCCGGAAAUAUGAUGGGAAAGAUUUCCGAUGGAUUUCCUCAGGUGAAUACAUUCAGAUGUCUGGCCGUGCUGGCCGCCGAGGCAUGGAUGAUCGAGGAAUAGUCAUUUUAAUGGUGGAUGAAAAGAUGAGUCCAACAAUUGGAAAACAGCUUCUAAAGGGAUCUGCUGACCCUUUAAACAGUGCUUUCCAUUUGACCUACAACAUGGUACUAAAUUUGCUGCGUGUAGAAGAAAUUAAUCCAGAAUACAUGUUAGAAAAAUCUUUUUAUCAGUUCCAGCAUUAUAGAGCUAUUCCAGGAGUAGUUGAAAAAAUUAAUAAUUUGGAACAGCAGUAUAAUGAGAUUGAAAUUCCAAAUGAAGAAAAUGUGAUCAUCUAUUAUAAAAUUAGACAGCAACUUGCUAAACUGGGUAAAGAAAUAGAGGAAUAUAUUCAUAAGCCAAAAUACUGCUUGCCAUUUUUACAACCUGGAAGAUUGGUAAAAGUGAAAAAUGAAGAUGAUGAUUUUGGUUGGGGAGUGGUGGUUAAUUUUUCCAAGAAAUCCAAUGUGAAGCCUAAUUCUGGUGAACUGGAUCCACUCUAUAUUGCUGAAGUCCUCCUAUACUGUAGUAAAGAGAGCCUGAAAAAUUCUGCAACUGAAGCCGCAAAGCCUGCAAAGCCUGAUGAAAAAGGGGAGAUGCAGGUUGUUCCUGUCCUUGUUCAUCUUCUGUCAUCCAUCAGCAGUGUUCGACUCUAUAUACCCAAAGACUUAAGGCCUCUUGAUAACAGACAGAGUGUAUUGAAAUCAAUACAGGAAGUGCAGAGACGGUUUCCUGAUGGAGUUCCUUUGCUGGAUCCUAUCGAUGACAUGGGCAUUAAAGAUCCAGGACUGAAAAAAGUAAUCCAAAAAAUAGAAGCAUUUGAACAUAGGAUGUAUUCCCAUCCACUUCACAAUGAUUCUAAUUUGGAAACUAUAUACAAACUUUGUGAAAGAAAAACACAGAUUGCCGUAGACAUAAAAGCAGCUAAACGGGAAUUGAAAAAAGCAAGGACUGUUUUACAAAUGGACGAGCUCAAGUGUCGUAAACGUGUUCUCAGAAGAUUGGGUUUUGCAACCUCUUCAGAUGUCAUAGAGAUGAAAGGACGAGUUGCUUGUGAAAUCAGCAGUGCAGAUGAGCUUUUGCUGACAGAAAUGAUGUUCAAUGGGCUUUUCAACGAUUUAUCUGCAGAACAAGCAACUGCUUUAUUAAGCUGCUUUGUAUUUCAAGAAAAUUCAAGUGAAAUGCCCAAACUAACUGAACAAUUAGCAGGCCCUCUUCGUCAAAUGCAGGAAUGUGCAAAAAGAAUUGCCAAAGUUUCAGCAGAAGCUAAAUUGGAAGUUGAUGAGGAAAACUAUCUCAGUUUGUUCAGACCAAACCUGAUGGAUGUGGUAUACACAUGGACCAAUGGUGCGACAUUUGCUCAUAUAUGUAAAAUGACAGAUGUCUUCGAAGGUAGCAUAAUUCGAUGUAUGAGGAGGCUAGAAGAAUUGCUUAGACAGAUGUGCCAAGCAGCAAAGGCCAUUGGAAAUACAGAACUGGAAAACAAAUUUGCAGAAGGAAUUACAAAAAUCAAGAGAGACAUAGUGUUUGCUGCAAGUCUUUAUCUAUAAGAAGAAUGUGUGGUGUCUGAACAGCCUUCAUUCUGCAGCAGUUACUCCAAAAAAGAGCUACUAAAAUUACCAGUGCUUCCUCUUCCCAAGCAAGACAGAUUCUUAUUUUGAAUGUAUUCCACUGCUGUUUGUAAUAAGUAUUACAUAUUAUUUUAAUUAAAAAAUAGUCAGGAUACUGUGUUAAAAAGCAUAAGCUUGAACCAAUAGAAAUUUGAGGUUUUUAAAUACAUUGUUGUUAACUAUAUACAUGUAAAGUGAGUACUUAAGAGGUAUAGCAGCAGCAAUCCCUUCAAAAGGCAUUUAUUUCUUUUUUACAUAGACCAGAAAUUUUGUGAAAUUUUCCUGUUAAAUAGGAGGAGAUUCCACAGGAUAAUAGCUUUUGAACAUAUCAUGGCUGGUGAUUACUGCCAUAGUGAUUUCCGUUGGUAGGUGUCUCAUGUAGAGUUGUAUGUGAAUCUUCCUCCUCCUUCUGUUUAAAUGUACGGCCUCUCUCUUUGAAGAAAUCUGAGACAUAUACAACCUGUAGGUACACAAUAAUUGUGUCAGCAGAUAGAACAUUACUUACAUUAUUGUUAACCGUCCUUCUGUACACAUCAGCCACUGGGUAUAUUUGAACUAGAAGUCUUUCUCUAGAAGUGAUGGCUGACACCCAACAAUUGAUUUACAGAGCAGGUAGGGAGGAAAAAACCGAUGUGGGAUAGUGAAAUCUGGUAAAAGGCUGCUUUGUUCUCCAGUAUUGGCAAAUGGAAAUGCAAAACUUCAUGUCAUCUUUUUCCCAUUGCAGUGAACCUAUUACACAUGAAACUGGCAGUUUAAAUAUAUGAAAGCCCCUUUGCGAUUUAUUUCAGUUGAAAAAAAAAAA